AUGCCACCUUUUCUCCCCCGCAAGCGAGCCUCCUCCGAGGACCCGCCCCCGGCCAAGCGUCAGGCUCGGGCCGAUGCCCAAGCUCCAGCUCCAGCUCCAGCUCCAACGCCUGCACCAGCUCCCUUCCACCUCUCCGAUUCGGACUCUGAUUCGGACUCUUCGUUGAGCGAUGCACCCAAUGGACUUCUCAGCAAAGAAAACAAAGAUGAUGAAUCCGAAGAUGAAGAAGAUGACGUCGAUUGGGAGGAUGCAAUGGAUACCAAGACCACAAGCACUACGCCGACGGCCCCAGCUCCGGAGUUACAAGAUCUAGAGUUGACUCUAGAUCAGAAUGAAGCCCACGUAUCUGAUCUGCUGGAUGGCAAGAAGGGGCCAAGCAAAAUCGAACGUCAGAUUCGGAUCCAGACGCACUGUAUGCAUGUCCAAUGCUUGCUCUUCCACAACGCCAUUCGCAAUGCCUGGAGCAACGAUGCCGAAGUUCAUACUAUUCUCAAGAGCAAGCUACCAACGGCGAUUCAAAAAGAGGUCAAGAAAUGGCGCAUCGCCUCUGGCUUGGAUCUUCCAGAGCCAAAACCAGAACCACCAAAGAGCAAAAAAGGCAAAAAAGCACAGAAAAGUAAGGAUUGGAGUGCAGAGUCGGAGCGACUGGAACCAGGCACUCCUGACAUGAGUAGCGGGGAUCCAAUCAUUACCUUGAUGAAAGUACUGGUUGCCUACUGGCGAAAGCAGUUCCGCAUAACGGCGCCCGGGCUGCGAAAGUCUGGAUAUCGACCCGUUUCUGCACUUGAAACUGUAAUUACGGACUUCCGCGAAGAGCCGCAUGACCCAGAGCGCCAUGGUGAGCGUAUUGCCAAUCUCAAAGAGUUCCGCCAAACCGCCGAAGCUAUGCAAGGCUCUCGGGAUGUUGGUGCACAGUUGUUUACAGCACUCAUUCGGGCCUUGGGCAUUGAAGCCAGGCUUGUUGCGAGCCUACAACCGCUAGGUUUUGGUUGGACUAAGGGAGAGACUUACACACCCUCCAACACAGAAGCAGACGAGAACAACUCGGAGAUGACAACAAAGGUUGAAAUAUCUGAAUCGGAUACCGAUGCUGAAGAAAAGAAACCAGCGAAGAAGAAUACGAAGCACUUUGACAAGGACUUACCAUUUCCGAUAUACUGGACCGAGGUCGCAUCACCAGUCACAAACGAGAUCAUUUCUGUUGACCCGCUUGUACUUCCUAACGCGGUCGCGCCAUUUGCAAACUCAGAAUUUCAAGCCAAUUUUGAGCCACGAGGCGCAAAAGCGGACCGAGCAAAACAAGUCAUGUGCUACGUCGUGGCCCAUUCGGCAGACGGCACUGCGAAAGAAGUUACAACACGAUAUCUCCGACGACGGACCUGGCCUGGGAAGACAAAGGGUUUCCGAAUGCCCUUGGAGAAGGUCCCCUUCGGCCGAAAGGGUCAUUAUAUCUCGUUCGAUUGGUUCGGGAUGGUGAUGCGCGGCUACCAGCGAGCUCGAAAGAGCAAGACAGCCGUCGACAAGCUCGAAGAAACCCGAGACCUUCAGCCUAACCAACCAGAAAAGAAGAAAGCGACCGAAGGAAAUGACACACUUCAAAGCCUUCGUACGUCGACCGAGUUCGUUCUGGAGCGCUUCCUUCGCCGUGAAGAAGCUCUCCGCCCCGGAGCCGAGCCUGUCCGAACAUUUGUCGCAGGGAAGGGUGCCCGCGCCAAGGAAGAACCUGUCUUUCGACGCGAAGACGUGCUGAAAUGCCUCUCCGCCGAAAGUUGGCACAAAGAAGGCCGCCAGACCGUUAAGGGUGCUACGCCCCUCAAGCGUGUUCCCAUCCGCGCGGUCACUCUCGUCCGUAAACGCGAGGUCGAAGAGUUGCAGCGCCAAACUGGCGAGAAACCACUCCAAGGUCUAUACUCUCGCGACCAAACAGAAUACAUCAUUCCACCGCCCAUCCAGGACGGACGAAUCCCCAAAAACGAUUACGGAAAUAUUGACUGUUUCGUGCCGAGCAUGGUCCCUGCCGGCGCUACCCAUGUUCCUCUACCCGGAACCGUGCGAGUUUGCAAAAAGCUCGGAAUCGACUACGCGGAGGCUGUGACUGGUUUCGAGUUCGGGUCGAAGAUGGCGGUUCCUGUGAUUCAGGGUGUCGUUGUCGCUGCCGAGAAUGAGGACUUGCUUCGCGAUGCAUGGCAGGCUGAUGCUGCCGAGAAACGGAAGAAGGAGGAACUCAAAGCAGAAAAGAAGAUCCUCCAGACUUGGCGGAAGUUUUUAUUUGGAUUGCGGAUCAUGGAGCGUGUGAGAGAUGAAUAUGGUGGUCGGGAUCCAGAUGCUGAUCGCGAGCGGGACUCGCAUAAUCCUUUUGCUGCGCAGAAGAAAAAGGGGGAAGACGAGCCUGAAGAAGAUGAGGAAAUGGACGAGGCGGAGCCCUACGAUCCUAUCGAUCAUGGAGGAGGUUUCCUCCUGCCGGGCCAUGAAGAUGUGGAUGAUGGCCUGAUCAUUGAGCACCAAGACCCGGAAAGCCAUGCAGGUCCAUCUAACACUCGCUCCAAUGUCGAUGAGUCGGAGUCUGGGUCUCUUGAGGGGAAUCGCCUCCAUUGUCCGUUGCCUCGGACUCUGGUGGCGAGGGAGAGGAUGGAGAGGAUGGAGAUGAAGACCCAGAGCCUGAAUAUGCACCCCGCCCAACAAGACGAAGUGCCCGAGGUCUUUGAUAUGUGUGCUUGCCCAGGUAUAGCGCCGCUUGUUGUCAACAUCACAUACAAUCCUGUUAUCAAUACCCGAAGACAAGAAACGAAUGUACGAAUAUUCCAAUCAAAAUAA